AUGCUUUUAGGUUUUUCCUUGGGGGUUAGUAACUGCCGCCUAGUGGGCGUGUGCCCAAACGAUAAAUGCAGUGCCAUUUCAGCUAUAGCCAAAUUGCGCGUGUUUUAUUUCGAAUUUUACGCAUUAGAAAAAGGCAUCAAAACGGCGGGCACAGUUUUAAAAGUUGUUGGUGCAUCAUGGCAGAAGACACGGAUUGGAACGUAUAUAUUAAUUGGCGCUGGUUUGCUGGUAAUUGGUGCUUUCUUUAUAAGCUAUUUGGAGCGUCCCGAAUAUGAUGGCACCUAUUGUGCUACAGCAUUUUGGACUAAGCAGUUUGGCUUUCAAAUUGAGUACUGGAAACAACAAAAUGAUCUUUUAAACAUUCCAAAGGGCGCUGCUAGGAUAUGCUAUAAGGAUUCCAUCUAUGAAAACGGUUGGGCCCAAAUUGAAAUUGAAACGCAACGUACUUCCCCUGAUUGGGUGCAAGCGUAUGGUGCUGGAGUUAUAGAAGGUUCACUUACCUGGAAUCAAAUCUACAAUCAGUGGUUAAAUACCAUUAUGUCCUCUUGUGACAGGGAUGAAAAUGCUCAACGUUUUUGUACUUGGUUACGUGAACUUUUAGAGAAUAACUUUAAUGAAAUUAAAGAGACGGCUGCUUCGAAAUCGGAACAUGAUCAUUAUUGGCAUCAAAUCAAUUUGUAUUUCAUUCAGUUGAAAGGCUUAGAGACCGGCUACCGUCAAGGGGCUAAGAGAGCGCGUUCUGACCUGGAGGCGGCUAUACCGUGGUCCGAUUUUCUUCUUAUGAAUUCCGCUGCUGAUAUACACGAUCUCAAAAUAUAUUACGAAAAUUAUAUACUAAAUGGCAUUAAUCGCACCGCAAACGAAACUGAGCCAAAGAAUUUUUUUUUACCUAGCGCGACAAUGAUUACAAAAAUAUAUCCAACAGGUAACGCAUCGACUUGGCAGCUGCUAUUCGGUCAUAGUUCGGCUGGUAGUUAUACAUCAAUGCUACGCAUCCAGAAACGGUAUAAAUUUCAUUAUCAUAUUGCGUCCAAUCAAAAUUCCAACACGGUUCCCGGUAUGGAUAUAGCAUUUACUGGUUAUCCAGGUAUAUUGGCUUCAACAGACGAUUUCUAUAUAAUUAAAGGUAGACAAGUCCACGCCAUUGUAGCCGGUGUAGGUAUUAAGAAUGAAAACUUAGAUUUAUGGCAAACAGUAAAUGUGCAGGAGGCAAUGCCUUUAGCAGCACGCGUUAUGGCAGCUAAUCGUUUAGCUCAAAGUCGCCGUUCAUGGACUAAGGCUCUAUCUAGACAUCCCUUUACUGGUUCCAAGCAAUGGAUAACUAUUGAUCUCAAUAAGCUAAGCCCUUUGGAAAGUUUAUACGAAUUAGAUGAAAACAAUUUGGAGGUGGACGAAGAAGCCGCCAGUAUAGAGCGCCAAAAUCAUUUGAAAGGUCUUGUCUGGAUAGCUGAACAAUUACCAGGUCGUAUGCAUAUGAAGGAUGUUACUGCAUCAUUUUUAGAGGCUGUCGAUAAUACAACAACUUGGUUGGCAUCUGGCAUACCCUACUAUAAGGAAAUCUUGGAGGCCAGCAGUGUAAAUAAUGAGGCUUACAUCACCAAUCUGACAGCAGCAGAAAGCAGGGAACUUAACAACUUGGAAGCCAUUGAUAAAUUCUUAAGAACUCGUGGCUUUCGCGGAGAUUUGUUGGACGAUGAGCAGUCUGUUGCCUACGGAAAUAUAGACAUUAAACUGUUUGCUUAUAAUGCCCGCUUAGGUAUGAGUGAUUAUCACGCAUUCGCUGGGCCAGUGUUUAUACGCCUUCAGCAUGUACAGACAAGAUCAUUACCGGCGGCGAUGGGCUAUCGCGGUGACUUGGCUCCGGCGUCUUUAAUACGUGACGAUCGUCUUAGCGUAGUCGUUGAUGACGCUGCCGAAUUGGCUGAAUUGCAAGUAAUUACAGAACGACGUACCGUACGCGACGAUAUGCGCGCCAUAGCAAUGAGUCAAAUAAGUUCUAGUCCCUUUAAGUGGUCUUCAGUGGCGGAGAAAAUGGCGACCUUACAACAUGCCGGGCACCCAGACGAAUGGAAUUUUGGCAAAGUUUCACCAAAGUGGGCGUGGUAAUUUAGUGAACGCAAGGGUGGAAUAUGAAAAAAAAAAAGGCUGUGCGGUCAAACUUAAAUAGAUUUAGGAUGAACUGAAGCUUUUUCGCUUGAGUUUUUAACGAGCUUUCAAGCAUUUUUUUUCAUUUAUUUUUAUUUGUUUUUUGUAUUUGUUUUUUUUUUUUUUUUUUUGUUUACAUCAUCGUCAAAUGCAGAAGAAAGCUACAGCUUACUGAAAACAUUUCACUAAUAAAUUUCAAAUGGCAUCAGUCAUUCAAAUGAAACUAAAUACCAAAAAAGGAAUCAGUUCGAUACGAACAAAGCAAUAUUAUGUAGCAAAUUUUGAUAAACCUUUACAGUAACAACAAAAUCGAUAAAAAAAAAAAAAAAAAAA